UUUGGGCUUCCUUUGUCUUCCUCCCAGAAUCUACUUUUCCCACUCUUCUCUGCUCUUAUCAAUCAUUCUUCUCAAUUAGAUCCAGUUUCCUUCCUUACAUAACAAACCCAAUUUUCCACUUUUUAAAUCUCUUCUAACAUUAAGGAAGAAAAAUGAAUGCUGCACUAUACUACACUGGGUGUGAAGAAAAUUACCAACCCCAUUUUCUUGAUACUUGUUCUCUUUGCCAGAGAACCUUAGCUCACAACCAUGACAUCUUCAUGUACAGAGGGGAUACACCAUUUUGUAGCCAAGAAUGCAGACAAGAACAGAUAGAAAUGGAUGAAGCAAUUGAAAGAAAAUGGAAAAUUGCUGCAGCAAAGAGAUCUUCAAGAACAAAAACAGAGACUCAAACAACUAAAGAAACUGAUUCGAAUAAAGCUGUACUAAAUGGAACGGUUGCAGUCGCUUGAUUUCUUCACUAAUAAUGAUAUAAUCAAUGAAUCUUGAUGAUGAUCAAUGAAGCUAUAAGCCCCAAAUAAUAACAAUAAAAAAAAGGACAGAAAGUGGCUUAUGAUUUAGGAUAUCAAGUUUAAAAUAAGAAGUACAGAUAUCUUAUGUAAAGAUGUGAUCGGAAUCACCAACAGAUGUGAAUCCAUCAAACAAUUUUGUUGAAUUUUUUUUCUCUUUUUUUGCGGUUUUUAAUUUACGUUUGGAGUGUCUGUAAAAAUGGGCGUCCAUAUAUGGAAUUUGAGAUCUCUAGCUUUUUGUAAUCUUCUCUUUCAUCUUUCUUCUAAUAAUCUUCAGCUGAU